CACUCAUUCUCUUCAUAAAACCCCCCCCAGCAAAUCCGAGUACAAUAACUCCAUCUCUCCAUAUUUUCCCAGCUUCCAAGUAUCCCAAAGAAAAAUAACAUAAGAUGGAUACUUGGUCAUGGAUACGUGAGCUGCCCAACUCGAGCGACUGGGGUACUGAGUCAGACGACUCACCCCACGUCUUUGAGCUAGCGAGUUCAGGGACCAGUCAAGGCGAAUCAACUCGGUCUAUUCAACUCAGAGCUCAACGAGCAACCGGGUCCAACACUGAAGUGUUGGUGAACUUCGCUGUGUGCUUACAGGGCUUCCACAAUCUUGGCUCCAAAAAGACUUUGUGGGUCUCCGACACGUGUUCCCUCUCCUCCUCCGACGACAAGUCGUUUCUCCCUCUGGUACUUCAGCUCCUCCAGGAGAUCAUAUCCCGCUCACCCACCGCCAACGACAGCACCUGCCCUCGUUCCCAGCUCCAGAAACUCAAACCCGACCCGGUUUCUUGGAUCAUGGACUCUUACUCGCCCGAGUCAUUCUCUUACUUCUUUAAUCUCCUUUUUAUCACGCGCCUCUUCUGGGUCUGCGCGUGCAACGCUCCCAGUGAAGUUGGGUCGCUUUUCUUUCGCUCACUUUUAGCUCCUAAUCUCGAAGCUUUGUACAGCAAAAACACACCGGUUUUGCGGACAUUUUUAACCACCAUAGGUGUGGAUACAGAGCUCUGUUUCAUGCGCACCGUCGGGUACAUGAUAGCAAAAUGGUGUAUUUUAAGAGAGCUGGGUGUUGGAUUACAAACAUUAACUCCAUUGGCGCCUGAGAAUCUAGGUUUCUCUUACGCAAUGGAAGGCCACGGAUUGUGGGUACUAAAGGGUUACGCGCCGGUUUCGGGGAUGAAACUCAGGCGCUCCAACGUUGAUAAAAACCAGUUCCCAGUGGUGGGAGCUAGAGACUCGGUGCUAAAGUACGCUUUGGCUCAUCAGCAGCUUGAAGCCGUUAUUCAGUUGGAAUAUACAGUCGGUUUCUACGGCGGGCAUAUUCAGGUAGACGCACGGGUCGACAACCUACGCAUCCAUGUGGUGAAACUCGGAUACAACCAAAACGACGACGUGGACUACGGCGAUGAGAAGCACUUUCCGUCGAGGAUCCGGGUUUGGGUCGGGCCAGAAGUCGGAGCGAAUUACGUGGCCGGAUUGAGCCUUGGUCUGUCCACGGACACGGGCAAGACAGAAGUGGAAACGCAAAAGGUUGUUAAGGGAAGUUUCGGGAAAUCGAAGAUUCCGAAGGUGAAAACGGUAGCGAGGUCGUCGACGAAGACGAGGAGUAGGAAUUGGAAGUGGGACCAGGAUGCGGAAGGAAACGCCGCCGUUUUCGAAGCGGUACUGUGCGACAGCAGGACCGGUCAAGAAGUUGCCACGUGGAAGCCGAGUAUUGGUGGAGGCGAAGAAAACGGGUUGCGGAAUAGAUACAGCGGAGCAAAUAGAGCGUUUACGAAGAGCGGUGGGUUGGUUAUGGCGGGAGACGAGUACGGAGAAGGAGUUGGGUGGAGAUUGAGCAAAGAGAUGGAAGGGAAUGUGUUGAAGUGGAGAAUAGGUGGCCAAGUUUGGUUAAGUUACUGUGCAAAUGAGGUGCAGAGUUCUUAUUAUGAGACCCGGUGUGUUGAAUGGUGUGAUGAGGUUGAUUUGCCUCUUAUUCCCCCUAAAUACAAUUUCUGAUUAUAAAAGGAUUAGAUGAUAUUGAUGAUAUAAGAUAUUUAGGAAUAAAUAUUGUAUAUCAAAACCUCAUAAUGUGUAUCUAUAAUUAUGUUAGAUUAAGGAAUAAACUUGUUAAAAGCAAUUUACAUCU